CUGUGCUCCGGGACUACUAAAUAAUUAUUCUUUAUUUAAGUCCCUAUUCCAAUUCCAAAAGAUUCCAGGCUUUCCAGCAUCAAACCUUAUCACUUCCCUUGCAUACAAAAUCCCCAUAUCUCCACACAAAACACAUCCCCACUUUAUUCCUCUAGUGAGCCUAAAAAUCCUAAACAAUUUCCCCCUCCAAUUAUCACUAUGGAACCAACAUGGCCUGAGCUUCUGGGCAGCAACAACUGGGACGGCCUUCUGGACCCCUUAAGCCUCCCCCUCCGCCGCCUCAUUCUCCUCUCCGGCGACCUCUGCCAGGCCACCUACGACGCCUUCAACAACGACCAGAACUCCCCCUACUGCGGCUGCAGCCGCUACGGCAAGUCCACCUUCUUCAAGAAGGUCAUGUUCGACUUCGCGGCCGCCAACUACGACGUCUCCGCCUUCCUCUACGCCACCGCCCUCGUGGGCGCCCACGAGGCCUUCCUCCUCCACUCCAUGUCCCGCGAGUCCUGGGACCGCGAGUCCAACUGGAUCGGCUACAUCGCCGUCACCAACGACAACGUCAGCCGGUCCACAGGACGCCGCGAGAUCUACGUGGCGUGGAGGGGGACCACCCGGGAUUACGAGUGGGUCAACGUGCUCGGCGCGAAGCUCGCUUCGACCGAGUCGUUGUUGAGCAGCCCAAAAACAAUAAAAGAGUUCGGCUUAAAACGAAGCAGUAGCGACAGCAGUAGCAGCAGCGACGACGACGACGACAAAGUGCCGAAAGUAAUGCAGGGGUGGCUCACCAUUUACACGGCUGAAGACCCGAAAUCGCCGUUCACAAAACUGAGCGCACGAACCCAACUCCAGAACAAGAUCAAACAGUUGAUAAAACAGUACGAAGGUGAGAAGCUAAGCAUAGUUUUGACCGGGCACAGCUUGGGCGCGAGCCUAUCGGUUCUAGCCGGGUUCGACCUCUGCGAGAACGGGAUAACGGAUAUCCCGAUCGCGGCGAUCGUUUUCGGCUGCCCGCAGGUGGGGAACCGAGCCUUCAACGAGCGAAUCAAGCGGUACCCGAACUUCAAGAUCCUGCACGUGCGGAACAAGAUCGACACGAUCCCGCACUACCCGAGCCACCUGCUCGGGUACGUGAACUCGGGCAUCGAGCUGGAGAUCGACACCCGGAAGUCGCCGUACCUGAAGGACUCGAAGCACCCGGGGGACUGGCACAACCUGCAGGCGAUGUUGCACGUGGUGAACGGGUGGAACGGGGAGGAGGGGGAGUUCGAGAUGAAGGUGAAGAGGAGCUUGAGUUUUGUGAACAAGUCUUGCGAGUUCUUGAAGGACGAGUGUCUGGUUCCGGGGUCGUGGUGGGUGGAGAAGAACAAGGGAAUGGUGAGGGAUGAAGAUGGGGAGUGGGUUACUGCCAAACCUGCGGAUGAGGACCUACCUGUCCCUGAGUAUUGACUGGUAUUUUAGAUUUUUUUUUGGUAGCUUGAUUGAUUUGUGCUUUUUUCAGGAAUAAUUAUUCAAUAGUUCGGGAGUACUUUCACGUUGUAUUUCGGAUCAUGUUACAAUUAUACAUUUUUGUAGUGUCCAUACACUUAGUAGUAGACCCCACAAAAAUGUGUGAUUGUAAAGUGGUCAAGAGUACCACACAGCGAUGGUCCGGACUAUUGUAUAAUUUCAGUUUUUUCAGUUAGUGGUGGUGCUUCAUUUAAAAAAAGAAGAAGAAGGUUAAUGGUGGUGCUU